CGCUAGUUAAAGCAACCUUAAGUGUCCUGCCACCCCCCUCAUUGAGUUGUUUUCCUUUCUCAGCAAGUAAAUGAAAUCAAAAUCGUUUUCUCUAAUUUCUCUUUGUUUAUAAAUUUGGCUUGAAUUUCUUUUAUCUUCUUCUCUGUUGCGAUCAUUUUUUGUUUCAAUGGAGGAGUCUGAGAAAAUCAUCGGUAAAAAAAAGUUGCCUUCCAUUCCUUCAAAUUACGUUACUCUUCUUCAAUUGCAAGAACGAUGGAUUAAAGAGCAAGAGCGAAAGCGGAAGGAAAAGGAAAAGGAAGAGCCGCAACAACAAGAAGAGAAGGAAACAAAAGUUGAAGAGCGAGUUAAUGACGAGGUAGCUGGAAGAGGAAGUCGUGAAAAGGGGUAUUUUCGACGAUAUGAUCGGGACAAUGGGAAGCGUGUUGCUGAAAAACGCGAGGAAGAGGGAACCGCGGCGACUUUUACGGUUAAUAAAAAUGAGGAUGCCGAGAAGGGGAAGAAUGGCGGGGAAUUGAAGAAUGAGAAGAAGAAAGAGAAGAAGCAGUGGAAAAAGAAGAAAAAGAACAAGAAGGAAGAGAAAGCUAGGGUUGAAAAUCAAGGGGAGGAAGUGGUUGGACCUGCUGUGAACGCACCACUGCCUGCGAGUGUGGAGAAUAAUAAGGGGAAGGAGGUGGUGAUCGGAGAUGAAGUCCACGCGCCGAAGCAAGCCAGUGUACCGAUUCCUAGAACGGAUGUUCGUACGGUGGAGAUUGAACGGAAAUUUAGAGCAAUGUCAAUGAAAGGUGAGAUUAGAAAAGGGGAUUAUGGUAGACACGGAUUGCAAAAAGGAAAUUUCAAACACUUCGGCGGCAAUAGGGAGCCGAAUAAGACAUACUAUUAUUAUGGGAAGUUUGAGAGGCGUAGAGAGCAGAAUCAGAGAAAUGAAGGGAUGGUUUGGGUUAAGAAAGAGGAAGUUGGUGAUGGACAUGUUGGUGGAAUUCAAAGCUCGCGUUGCUCGUCCAAGUAAUUAGAUUGAUGUGGUUUUAAUGUGGUAAUUACUGAUGAACCUUCUUAUUUCUUUGUUAACAAUUUCUGAUGAAAUACAAAGUUCUGUCCUGUAUCUGCUUUCAUUGUCAUACGAAUGGUGAAGGAUUGUAUAAACUAGUCAAUGGUUUGCUAAGGUGUGGCCCUCCGCUGAUGUAAAAUCCUCCGAGGGCCUUAAUUUAAAGCCUUUGUAUAGCACUAAUUUCCCAUCUUUUAGGUAAUUGAAUGAUGUCUAAGAUUAGGGACCAAUAGAUUGCCAUUCUUUGGGUCACAGUAAAGGAUCCUGGGUUGUGAACUAUGGAAAGGAUUAUGUGGAUUAUGUAGGGCAGAAAAAGCAAAUGGAAUGACUGGUACAUGACAUGAUAUUUUUGAUCAAAUAGCGAAGAUCAAUAAUACAUGACACUUAUUGGAAAAAGUAAGGUUUGUAGCAAGAGCAUCCCUUUAACCUUUUUAGUGAAUAUUUCAGCCGACAAGCAUAAGCAGCUAAACAUUAGUGACCAAGAAGCCAUUAGAGAUGAUCUGUGUUAGAAAUGUUAAGAAUCAAUAGGAAAAUUGCAUUUUUGGUUCUGGAAGCUUAUUUUGUUGUUUUUACUUUUGACGUUAAACUAUUCAUUUGUAUUUUAUGAUGUUAAAACUAAAGCACCUCUCUUUCCUUCCUUGUUUUCUAAACUUGUGAUAACGUCAAUGAACCUUCACCUCAAGGCAAUGGGCUUGAUUCCUUGACUGAUAAAGUAUUACCGUUACUUUAUCAGUACUGUUCAAGCUACUUAUCAGUUGUGUUACAUAUAAUUAUUUAUGUUUAAGGUUUAUUAUCGUAUAGGAAUAAGAUCCUUGAAAGUUCUCUUUUUUGGGCUCUCUCGAGAAUUUGAUGUUCAGUUUUAUCUGUCCUGUGUAUGUUGUUUAUCUUGGAUGAGGUAAAAAAUGGAUAACUAGUUGAAGUUGGAAAUCAUGGUGUAGAAAAUGUAAAAUUCCAUUACCUAGGUUAUAAAGGCU